GUGCACUUCCAGCCCGCGCCGGCCGCGCAGGGGUCAGUCAGGGCCGUUAGUCGCCGUCCGCGGCGGGCAGUCUCGGCUGGGGCAGGAACCCGGAGGAACCGGGGAGGGCGAGAGGGCGGAGCCGGCACCUGAGGGAGCGGCUGGGGAGGCACUCGCCGGCGGAGGGUCUGCCCGGCCAGGCGCAGCCCCACGCCACUGCCCCCGGCGUGCCCGGGCGCCUCCCGCUCCCCACUCGGACAUGAACUUGAUUGACAUCCUUUGGAGGCAAGAUAUAGACCUUGGGGCAGGGCGUGAAGUUUUUGACUUUAAUCAACGACAGAAGGAGUAUGAACUUGAGAAGCAGAAGAAACUUGAAAAGGAAAGACAGGAGCAGCUCCAAAAAGAGCAGGAGAAAGCCCUGCUGGCUCAGCUGGAGCUAGACGAGGAAACGGGUGAAUUUAUUCCUGCUCAGCACGUUCAGCCAGAGAAUACUGAGCCUCCAGUCGGUUUUUCACAGACCACACAGAGUUCAAAACCAGAAGCAGAGGCCUUCUCCUUUGAUGACUGCAUGCAGCUCUUGGCAGAAGCAUUCCCAUUUAUAGAUGACAAUGAGGCUGCUUCAGCUGAAUUUCAGUCGCUGGUUCCUGCUCAGAUCGAUCACAACCAAGUCUUGAUCUCUACUGAUGAAACUCAGCCACCUGAAUCGCCUGUUCUUGAUCCAAUUACAGAUGUGGAGAACAUGCAGAACAUAGACCAAGUUUGGGAAGAAUUAUUGUCCCUUACAGAGUUACAGUGUCUUAACAUUGAAAAUGAUAACCUGGCUGAAGUAAGCACAAUCACAAGCCCUGAAACCAAGUCAACAGAGAUGCACAACUACAAUUACUACAGCUCAUUACCCACCAUGAGGAAGGAUGUUAACUGUGGUCCAGAGUUCCUGGAUAGCAUUGAGGGGCCCUUUUCUGGCAUUUUACCACCAGAAGACACCAGCCAGCUGAGCGUGAGCUCUUUAAAUGACAUGUCCCCCUCAAACUCCGAUUUCUGUGAGGAUUUCUACACCACCUUUAUCGACACAAAGGCGAACGGUGACACAGCAGUGACAAACACUGCCAGACAAUCACUUGCAGAGAUUCUAAGUAAACCUAUUGAUCUUUCUGAUUUCUCACUGUGUAAAGCUUUUAACAGCAACCUCUCAGGAACUGGACCAGAAUGCAAUGAUUCUGACUCGGGUAUUUCACUGAAUGCAGGUUCUAGCAUAGCAUCGCCUGACCACUCUGUGGAAUCAUCUGCCUACAGAGAUAAGACUUUUGGCUAUAGUGACUCUGAAAUGGAAGACAUGGAUAGUCGUCCUGGCAGUAUGCCGCAGAGCAAUGCUAGCAUGCACUCACUGCAGUUCAAGGAUCAAAUGUUCUCUUCCAUGGGGCCAAGUGCUGAAACACCAAGUUUGCAGAGUACAUGCACAAAAAAGAAGGAACCCCCUCCCAGCCCUGGCCACCCCAAAUCUCCCUUCACAAAGGAUAAAUCUUCAAGCCGCCUCGAAGCUCAUCUCACACGAGAUGAGCAAAGAGCAAAGGCUCUGCAGAUCCCUUUUCCUGUUGAAAAAAUCAUCAAUCUCCCUGUUGAUGACUUCAAUAAAAUGAUGUCUAAGGAGCAGUUCAACGAAGCCCAGCUUGCGCUCAUCCGAGAUAUACGCAGGAGAGGCAAGAACAAAGUGGCUGCUCAGAACUGCCGUAAAAGAAAACUGGAAAAUAUAGUGGGACUGGAGCAAGAUUUGAAUAACCUGAAGGAUGAGAAAGAGAAAUUGCUUAAGGAGAAAGGAGAGCACGACAAGAGCCUUCGUCAAAUGAAAAAGCAGCUGACCUCCUUAUACCUUGAGGUCUUCAGCAUGCUCCGUGAUGAAGAUGGCAAGUCUUACUCUCCUAAUGAAUAUUCUCUGCAGCAAACCAGAGAUGGCAAUGUCUUCCUUAUUCCUAAGGGCAAGAAGUCAGAGACUAAACUCUGAAGGGCAGCACAGCUGGCUACUGCUCUCAGAGCUCUUAUUUUUAUAUCAUCCUCCUGAUAGUUUUUACUGUGAGGUGGAAUGCAGAAUUAGGUAGUAUUUUUUCAAGUAAUUCUAUGCAAUGAUGAUUUAAAAGUUAAUGAGUAGUUCAUGGAAGAUGCAGGUUUAAAACUAACAGCGUAAUGCAGAUGGAGGUAUGCAAGAUUUGUAAUCUCACUUUUAUAACAGACAUUUCCUUCUUAUAGCACCACUUUGACUAGUUUCCAUAUACAUGUAAAUAUUUAAAGAUACCGUAUUUAUAUACUGUUCCUAUCUCUUGUAUUCAUAGAUUGAUUUGAUAUAUAUA